ACAAAAUUUUUUUUACAUCAAGAGAAAGAAAAAACUACCUGGGUAUAUAAUGACCAUCUACCUGUGGUUUUGAUUUCAGUUUGAUUAUCAUCAUCAAAACGCAGCUGAUCUAAUCGAUCGAACCCGUUAUAAUUCGAAUUCGAAUGUGUUAACGUUCUAAUUUUGGAAUCUUUUGUUGUUUUUAUUAUUUAUAAAAAUUUCGUCGAAUCAAAUUGAAAAUGACAAAAUUAACAUUGAAAACAUUGGCCACGAUAACGAAAAAACCAUCGGUCGAUGAAUUGGAUCGUGUAUCAUUAGUGGAAAAUAUUUCAUUAACAAAUACCAUACAUGAUCUUCUCAAUGAAUUGAAUCAAUAUGGUACAAUGGUUAAUGAAUGUUCGAAGAAAAAAUAUUUGCUUGUAAAACAGCUACAAAAUGAAAUUGAUCACAUUCAUGAAUUGGGUAAAAUUCCAGUAUUAAGUGAAUAUUUUCAACUAUUAUUCAAUCUGGAAUCAUGUCAACAACGAAUUGAACAACAUGAAUUAGAUAUAUCGGAUAUUGUAACCGAAAUGUGUAUGACAAAACAUAUAAUUAUCAAUAUGGUACAAAUUGAUCAACAAACACGAUUACUAGCCAAUAGUAAACAACAUUCAUCAUCGACAUCAUCAUUGGUAUUAUUGAAUUGGAAGAAAAAUAUGGUGAAAAAAAUUAAUAACCAAACUAAACGACGAAAUUCAAUCAUUGAUGAUGAUGAUGAUGAUGAAUCCAACAACAUUAUAGCAAAAUCGAAUGGUUCAUCAAAGAUAUUGAAAAAUUUAUUCAAAUUUCUACGAAAUUCACCAAAAACAUACAACAAGAAUCAUCGAAAUUGUUCGAUACGUUCCAUACAUAAAUCAUCAUUGAUCGAUGAUGAUGAUAAUAAUACUGCAUUCAACGAUCCAACGUUUGAAACGAUUGAACGUUUGAAAAUGAAAUUGAAAUUUUUAAGCAAACAUCGACAAUCGAAUGAACAAUGUUUUCGACAACUUAUACAAGAUUGUUUAUCAUUGAAACAAGAACUAAAACAAUAUUAUCAACAACAUUAUAAAGAAUUAACCGAAAAUCAACAAAAUCUGAAUCAAUAUUUUCGUUAUCGAUUACGUACAAAUGAAUUACAAUCACAGAUUGUUACAAUGGAUCAAUCAAUUAAUGAUUAUCGACAACAAUAUCGUAAUACAAUGGAUCGUAUACAAACAUUAAGCAAUACGAUACAUAAAAAUCGUAAUAAUAAAGAUGGCUAUAUAUGCGAUAUCCAAUCAUAAGAUGGCGACACCAUUGGAUGUUUUUCUUUUUCUAAUUUUUUUUAAAAUUUAUGGCGGCAAAACGACAACAACCACCAUUAUAAUCGGAUU